AUGGCGUCUCCCGCGGUUAAGAAAGCAAUCUCCGAGGCUGCGCUGCAGUACCAGAAGCCCGAGGGCAAGGUGUUUGAGUAUGGCACCGCCGGGUUCCGCAUGAAGGCUGACCUACUCAACACUGUCGUUUUCGCUGUCGGUCUACUUGCCGGUCUGCGCUCGAAGAAGCUUAGUGGACAAUGGAUUGGUGUUAUGGUGACUGCCAGCCACAAUCCCGCGGAGGAUAAUGGAGUUAAGCUGGUUGACCCGAUGGCUGAGUGGGAGCAAUACGCUACCAAGCUGGCUAAUGCCCCUCUGGAGUCCAUUGCCGAUGUUUACGACGAGUUGGCCAAGGAGAUCGAUGUCAAGAUGACCAACCCCGCUCGUGUCGUCUUUGCUCGUGACACCCGUGCAUCUGGCUCCCGUCUGGUGGGUGUGCUCAAUGCUGCGCUUACUGCCACCGAGGUCGAGUUCAUCGACUUCAAGUACAUGACCACCCCCCAGCUCCACUAUGUUGUGCGGUGCAAGAACACCCUCGGAACACAAUACGAGUAUGGCGAGCCCAGCGAGAAGGGCUACUAUGAGAAGCUUGCACAGUCCUUCCAGAAGGUCAUGCGUGGAGUCAAAGUUCAAGGUAGCCUGACUGUUGACUGCGCCAACGGUGUCGGAGGACCCAAGUUGAGAGAGCUCAUGAAGGUCCUUUCUGGAAUUGAUAUUAAGGUCAUCAAUGACGAUGUCAUCAACCCUGACAGCCUGAAUUUCGACUGUGGUGCCGACUACGUCAAGACCAAGCAACGCGCUCCUCCCUCUUCUAAGGCCGGCGUCCUUGAUCGCUGCGCCUCUCUGGACGGCGAUGCUGAUCGUCUGGUGUACUACUUCCAGGAUGAGGGUAACGUGUUUCGUCUUUUGGACGGUGAUCGCAUUGCCACUCUUGCUGCCUCUUUCAUUGGCGACCUUGCUCGCAACGCUGGCAUUGCCCAGAAGCUGAAGAUUGGUGUUGUCCAGACUGCCUACGCCAACGGCGCCAGCACCGACUACAUUGAAAAGGUGCUCAAGCUCCCCAUCAUCUGCACCAACACCGGUGUCAAGCACCUUCACCACGCCGCUCUCCGCUUCGACGUCGGCGUCUACUUCGAAGCUAACGGCCACGGCACUGUUACCUUCUCCGAGAAUGCCAUGAAGACUAUCAAGAACGCCGAGCCCCAGUCGCCGGCUCAGCAGCACGCCCUGGAGUGCCUCCAGGCUCUGACCGACCUGAUCAAUCAGGCUGUCGGCGAUGCUCUCUCCGAUAUGCUUCUCGUCGAGGCCAUCCUUGCCCACAAGGGCUGGUCCCCCAAGGAAUGGCUGGGCACCUACACCGAUCUGCCCUCCCGCCUUGUACGCGUCGUGGUCAAGGACCGGUCGAUCUUCAAGGCCUACGACGCCGAGCGCAAGCUCGAGUCCCCUGCCGGUCUUCAGGGCCAGAUUGAGUCCUUGAUGUCUCGAUACAACAAGGGCCGCAGUUUCGCCCGUGCCAGUGGUACCGAGGAUGCCGUUCGUGUCUACGCUGAGGCUGCUAGCCGGUCCGAAGCAGACGAUCUGGCUACUCGCGUUGCCAACGCUGUUGGCGAGGCUGGCGUCGCUGAUCCCUCGGCCUAA